CUUACUUCACCCUAACGGAAGGACUCGAGUAGAGGCCACAUACAUAAACAUCUCCGCUUUAGUUUCAUGGUAAAGUGCGCGUUUAUGGGGGAAAUCGAAACAGUUUCAGGAUAACUACAAAUUCAAACAUCUCUAGUGUAUUUCGACAACGGAAAGAUGUCUGAGGAUCUGGUGAAGCAGCUCAACAGCUAUAAGGCCCAGCUGCAGCAGGUGGAGGCAGCCCUGAGCACUGACCAGGAGAAUGAGGACCUGCUCAAACUACAGAAAGACCUGCAGGAGGUGAUAGAGCUGACCAAAGACCUGCUGAGCUCCCAGCCGGCCGAAGGAGGCUCCAGCACAAACAGCGCAGAGGCCAACACCAACACCGUCAGCUGGAGCGUCGGGGACAAGUGUAUGGCCGUCUGGAGUCAGGACGGACAGUGGUAUGAAGCAGAGCUGGAGGAGGUGGACGUUGAGAACGGCACGGCGGCGGUGACGUUCAGCGGCUACGGCAACGCAGAGGUAGUGCCCCUGAGUGGACUCAAACAGCCACACGAGGGACGCGGACCAGAGGACGAAUCCAAAUCCAAGAGCAGGAGGGAGAUGAUUCAAGAGCAGAGGGAGUACAAGAAGAAGAAGGCUCAGAAGAAGGUGCUGCGGAUGAAGGAGAUUGAACAGGAGCGCGAGCAGCAGAAGAGCAAGUGGCAGCAGUUCAACAACAAGGCCUACAGCAAGAACAAGAAGGGCCAGGUAAAGCGCAGUAUCUUCGCCUCUCCUGAGAGUGUGAACGGAAAGGUUGGAGUAGGGACGUGUGGCAUUGCAGACAAGCCCAUGACGCAGUACCAUGAUACCUCCAAAUACAACGUCCGGCACCUCAUGCCCCAGUGAUCAUGUGUGUGUGUGUGUGGUUGAGUGAGCGUGUGUGUGUGUGUGUGGUUGAGUGAGAGUGUGUGUGUAUGUGUAUGUGUGCGGGUGUGAGUGAGUUAGUGAGAAAGACUGUUGAUGUGUUUGACAGGUCAUCAGUGCAUAUGUAUAAAUGUAUGCGUGUGUGUGUGUACACGUGUUUACCUGUUGUGUAAUAAUGAGCAUUUUAUUUGCGUCUUAGAUGACCUCUUCUGUUUUGGUUUUGUAUAUUUACAUCUGGCACAGUAAAUAAAUGGUUUUGAUGAUGAGGAA